AUGUUGACGAGCAUUUGGAAUCACGGUUUCGCCUUUUUCUCUGUUCUGCGAUAUCAUCUGUAUCAUCUCGUUCUCUUCAAAGUACCUUCGCUCUUUAAACUUCGUCUCCCAAAUCAUGAGAAGCCAGAUGAUGUUGAGUGCUGUAGAAGCCCCGUCAAUGGAAAACAACCUCCAGAUAUGGCGGACGAUACAUACGCAGCAUCAGUCACGGAAGAACCAGAUGCCAUAAACAUUGAAAAAGAUGACCCGGUCCCGUACGAGCCUCUCGUCGGCGAAAUCUUGGGCGAAGGCUCAACUUCCCGUAUUGCACGCGUGGCGCCGGGUAUCAUCAUCAAAUAUCCACGAUUCUCUUGGUGGAAUUCUAAGACAGUGGCAGAUAAAUGGUUCGUUCGAGACAUGAAGCGGAGUUUUGAGGUGGAAGAACGACUUCUGCAAAUCCUAGGACUACAUCCAAGAAUAUUAGAGUUCAAGGGCGUCUCAGAUGACCCAUUUGGAUUGUUAUUUGUCGAAGCAAGCGAUGGAAAUCUACAGAACUACAUCGACCAGCACUAUGCUAGCAUCGAUAUGUCUCUACGAAUCAAAUGGCGCAUACAAGCCGCGGAGGCGAUCCAAUACAUUCAUCAGAAAGGUGUGAUUCACUCUGAUCUUCGGCCUGAGAACUUUUUAUUACACACUGUCGCCGGAAACGAACUCGAUCUUCUACUCUGUGACUUUGGGGGGUCAACAAAUGGAGAAAUAGAUGGCCGGCAUCUCCCCGACGCCGGAUUUUUUAAUCCUUGCCAUCCGCCGGAAUCGACGAAAAGCACGGACAUUUUCAGUCUCGGGUCCAUCUACUAUACGAUAAUGACUGGCCAUUGGCCCUACAGGUCCCCAGGCCCAUUCAAGUCUCUGGAGGAGAUGGAGAAAUACCAAGAACUGGUUGACGAUCUGUUUGCCUCCAAAAGGUACCCGCCGGUUGACGGACUGGCAGCUGGACCUGUGAUACAACGAUGCUGGACAGGAGAAUACUCUGAUCUGGGGGCACUCAUUGAAGACCAGCGUUGGCAGUUUGAGAAUGACACAAUUUCAAUGCACUCGUAA